AUGACUUGGAUUAUCUGGAAUAUAAAAGGAAUAAAUAAGAGGUACAAGCAGAAGGAACUAAAGCAGUAUCUCAAAGAAAAUCAUAUAAAAAUAGCUGGACUCCUUGAAACUAGAGUGAAGGAAAACAAGGCACCACAGAAUGCCAACAAGAUUGUUCCUGGUUGGGAGAGAAUAAGCAACUACAGAGAUGCAAGGAAUGGAAGAAUACGGGUAGUAUGGGAUGCUAAAGCUUAUAACAUACAACAACUAGCUAGUGCAAGUCAAUUUGUUCAUUGUAUGGUAACAGGAAGGCUGAAUGGAAUAGAUCAUAUACUUACAUGGGGCUUUAAUGCAAUCCUACACCCCAAUGACAGGCUAUCUGGAAUAUCUGUAUCAUUAGCUGAGUUAAAAAAUUUCUCUGAAUGUUUCAACAAAUUGCUGCUAAAUAAGGUUUCUUGGAAAGGGAAAUAUUACACUUGGACAAACAAACAGAGAGGGAAUGAUAGAGUCUGUAGCAGGAUUGAUAGGGCAAUUGCCAAUGAUGAAUGGAUGCUUCAAUAUGGGUCCUUGACUGCAGUAUAUGGAGAACCUUUCAUAUCUGAUCACACACUCAUUCUCAUCCUAAUGAGAGAAGCCAGAAGAAACAUCAAAGUUCCUUUCAGGUUGUUCGAUGUCAGGAUAGAACAUCCUAGCUUCAAGCAAAUAGUGGAAAUAGAGUGGGGUAAAAAUAAGGCUAUAGCGAGAAUGAAGAAUAUCUGGCUCAAAUUGAAAGGCUUGAAACCUACACUUAAACAAUUGAACAUAGAAGAGUUUAAGGGGAUUAUAGAGAAGAUGAGUCAAGCAAGAUUAAACCUGAAAAGGAUUCAAGAAGAACUUGGAGACACUUACUUUGAUGCAUUGUCUGAUCAGGAGAAAAACUAUCUGAUCCAACUGGAAAAAUGGUCUCUAAUAGAGGAAAGUGCACUACAACAGAAGUCAAGAGCCACCUGGAUCAAACUAGGGGAUUCAAAUACUAAGUACUUUUCAGCUGUAAUGAAAGAGAAGCAACAUAAGAAGCAAAUAAUUGAGAUCAAGUCAUUGUUGGGGGUCAAUUCAGGAUCCUGA